CAUCUCUAUCCAGUGUAAACAAACGAGGUUAUUUACUCUUAGCAGGCUUUCUGUCGGCCCGACAGCAUUGAUGAUGCUUGCACUAUUAAAAGGAUCCAUCAUGACGGAUUGCCGGUGCUGGGAUGCGGCCAGUAGGAAAAGCUACGAGGAGCUGUUUGAUAAACUGGACACGAAUAAAGAUGGUAAAGUGGAUGUCGUAGAGCUCCGGGCAGGUCUCUUAGCCAUGGGCAUUGCCCUCCGUACUGGUGCGGCUCAGAAAAUACUCGCCACUGGAGACAAAAACAAGGAUGGCCUGCUUGACUUCAGCGAGUUUGCCAGAUACCUAAAGGAGCACGAGAAGAAACUGUGGCUUACAUUUAAGAGCCUGGACAAGAAUAAUGAUGGUCAUCUGGAUGCCUGUGAGAUCAAACAGUCACUGGCUGAGUUGGGAAUGGACAUAUCUUCAGAAUCAGCACUGAAAAUCCUACAGAGUAUUGACAGUGACGGAACCAUGACCGUGGACUGGAACGAGUGGAGAGAGCACUUUCUGUUCAACCCUGCUACCGACCUGGAGGAAAUUAUUCGAUACUGGAAGCACUCCUCGCAGCUGGACAUUGGUGAUAAUCUCGCCGUUCCCGAUGAAUAUACAGUCGAGGAGAAGAUCACUGGCGGUUGGUGGAAACAGCUGGUCGCCGGGGCAACAGCUGGAGCAGUCUCUCGGACAGGCACCGCCCCUCUGGACAGAAUUAAGGUUUUAAUGCAGGUUCAUGCAUCCAGGUCAAAUCAAAUUACUCUGGUCGGUGCAUUCACCCGGAUGCUUAAGGAAGGAGGAGUGACGUCUCUGUGGAGGGGAAACGGCCUUAAUGUUUUGAAAAUCGCCCCUGAGACUGCCAUCAAAUUCAUGGCAUAUGAACAGUAUAAGAAGUAUCUCUCACCAGAAAAGGAUAAAAUACAGACUGCACAGAGAUUCAUGGCCGGAUCUUUAGCUGGAGCCACAGCACAGACCGCCAUUUACCCUAUGGAGGUAGUGAAGACUAGACUGACUCUGAGAAGUACCGGACAGUAUUCAGGAAUUGUCGACUGUGCCAGGAUGAUCCUGAAAAAAGAGGGCAUCAAGACUUUCUAUAAAGGUUACGUGCCUAACUUGCUGGGCAUCAUUCCUUACGCUGGCAUUGACCUGGCUGUUUACGAGAGUCUGAAGAAUGCCUGGCUGUCGCACUACGCCCGUGACACUGCCAACCCCGGAGUCCUGGUCCUGCUUGGCUGUGGCACAGUCUCCAGCACAUGUGGGCAGCUGGCCAGUUACCCUCUGGCUCUCAUACGCACCCGCAUGCAGGCACAAGCAUCUUUAGGUAACUCGGAGCAGCUCACCAUGCGGUCUCUGAUAAAGAGCAUUGUGGCAAAGGAAGGAUUCUUCGGUCUCUACCGCGGCAUCCUUCCCAACUUCAUGAAGGUCAUCCCGGCUGUGAGCAUCAGCUACGUGGUGUACGAGUACACGAAAUCAUCGCUGGGAAUCUCAAAGUGAACGUGGCCAGGCUGCGUUCACAAAAUGCCGUGUAGGAAGGUUUCUGAGUCUGUUAAGCUCUUAUGAAGCUUUGUGAAUCAGAUACUGACUGUAGCGAUGUGUCGUCUGCUGAACUAUUGAAUCACUUAUGUAUUCCAUACUGGUGAAUCAGUAGUGUUUGGUUUGUGUGGAAACAGGGAUGGAAUGGUACUAGGUCAGAUGCAGCUUACAAUCUGCAUGUUUUGUUUUAAUGUAUGAUAGCCAAAAGUAUGUAGACACACCCUUUAACUUAGU